AAUUCCCGAAAUGAUCCUUUCAACACCCUGCCCGCUCCGCUCAAUGAAGUGGAUGAGAUUCUGCUUGCACGAUUUCGCACCGUCGAACGCUGGCCCUGGUGUCCUAUCAACGGCCAAGGGCUUUGGCCACAGUUCGCGUAUUCGGAUCAACUCGUGUUUCACGCGACAAUGUACAGCUUUGGCACGCAUUUCAAAUGCCGGAUCCACGAGGGGAAUACCAUUCCACCACUGGAUCCUGAGGCAGACAUGCGAAUCAUACAGCACAAGCUGGCCGCGAUUGCUUUAAUCAAUGAUCGCCUCUCCGACGAACGACAAGCAGUGAGUGACGGAUGCAUUGCAGCAGUCGCAACGCUGACGAAUAUGGCCUUGGUUCUGGACUCACACGAGGAAGCCAAGAAGCAUAUGCAGGGGUUGCAUGCCGUGAUCAACAUGCGCGGAGGAUUACUAUCCCUAGGCGAUGGAGUGCGGACCCAUCUGCAACGGUUGAUCAGUUUCAACGAUUUGAUUUACUCUGAGCUUUUCGACGAAGAAUUGAGAUUUCCACCGCUUGUUGACGUUUGGAAUGGAGCAUGGUCAACGCUGGACCUGCCAGAAAGUUCCGGCCCGUUGCCUGGACUGAGUCGUGCAGAAUUGGAGUAUUUCAAGAUAUACCCGCAUCCGGUGCUCGAGGUGCUGGAUGAUAUUCGCCAGCUAUGUUAUUCCGAGCAGACGAAACCCUUGGAGCAGGCCAACGACACUGCAAGAAUGAUACGGUGUGAUGUGUGCCUAAAGCUGGAGAGGCGGCUACGCCUGUUCAUCCAGUCGGAAUCACCACCGUCGUCCAACGCGAUAGAUGGGCCUUUCUGGAAGGCAACAGCUCUCGCAGCACUGAUACAUGUCCAUCGCAGUCUGAGAGGAAAUCCCCUUCGAUAUCGGCACUUCACAGUGCUGACAACGCAGCUCUACGAUACACUACUCACCAUGGACGACGGCCUCCCCGAACUAGACUUUUCCCCUUCAAUCGCUGUUUGGAUUCUGAGCACCGGUUGUUUCACAUGUACAUCGCCCGUUAUACGCCCUGAGUUUUUGGAAAUGCUUCGGAAAGCAUGCACGAAGUUUGGAAUAGUCACUUGGUCGAAUUUCCAUGGCACAGUGUCUCGGUUCCUAUGGACGGGACAGGCAGAUGAAGAGAGAUAUCGCGAACUGUGG